AUGUCAACUCUUAAACUGAUAAGAACAGCUACUACACUUGAUCUUAGCCAAAAGGCCGAGAAAGGCUGUAAACAACCAAGAGUUUCAUCGUUUGCUAUUGAUCGUAAUCAGAAAGACGACAAUAAUAGCAACGACGACAACAGUGAUAAUAAUAACAUUAGCUCUGCAACACUCUUAGAUAUCGAUCGAUUUCUCUAUGAAAAUUUUAGAUCGAUUUAUAUUAAUGAUGAGGAAGAUGAUAAAAAGGAAGAAGAAGACUGUGAUGGAGACAAAAUUGCAAAAGGGGUGUUGUUUGAUUCACCAAGGUUCAUUGAACCGCCAACAAACUUUUGUGGGUCUCACCCGUUUUUUGUGGCCUCAGGCUUUGCUGGCUCGCUCAUCAAAGAAACUCAAGACAGUUUCACCGCUAACUUCGAGGACAUGGUGACUUUAUCUUCAACCUCAACUUCAUCUGCAAACGGCUCCCCAAAUCAUGAUUCUUCUAUCGUUUUUACUAAUUUCAAUCAUGUGAAGCUUCUUGGAGACUCCAUUGUAGUGUUGAGACACUCUCCGAGUCCAUAUGGUGAUUUUCGACGUUCUAUGCAGGAAAUGGUGGAGGCACAACUGCAAGAUCUGACCACUAUUGAUUGGGAUUUUUUGGAAAAGCUUUUAUUUUGUUACAUGGGAUUGAAUGACAAAAAAUCAUACAAAUUUAUUUUAAGGGCAUUUGUGGAUUUGGUGGUGGGUCUUCGUCAGAAUUAA